AUGAAUUCAAAAACUCUUCCAAAAUUAAAUAAUAAAAGUCGAUCUUUAAUGAAAUCAAUGAAACCACCUAUAAUUCCUCCUAUGUUAUUAAAAAAUAAAGAAAAGUUACCUCCUGUCCCAAAGAAUGUUAUUUCAAAAAUGAUAGAAAAUGAUAUAAACAGUAACAACAAUAAAGUGGAACAAGAAAUAAAACCGUCUGAACCAAAUGUCAAAAUACCAGAACCCAAUAUAAAACCACCAGAACCCAAUGUAAAACCACCAGAACCCAAUAUAAAACUACUAGAACCAAAAAUAAAACCAUCUGAACCAAAAUUAAAACCACCAGAACCAAAAAUAAAACCAUCUGAACCAAAAAUAAAUCCACCUGAACCAAAAAUAAAACCACCUGAACCAAAAAUAAAACCACCUGAACCUAAAAUAAAACAAUCUGAACCAAAAAUAAAACCACCUGAACCAAAAUUCAAACCACCUGAGCCAAAAAUAAAACCAUCUGAACCAAAAAUAAAACCACCUGAACCAAAAUUCAAACCACCUGAGCCAAAAAUAAAACCAUCUGAACCAAAAUUCAAACCACCCGAACCAAAAAUCAAACCACCACAAACAAAAAUAAAACCACCAGAACCCAAUAUAAAACCGUCAGAACCCAAUAUAAAACCAUCAGAACCCAAUAUAAAACCACCAGAACCUAAUAUAAAACCAAUCGAACCAAAAAUAAAACCAUUUGAUCCGAAAUUAAAAUUUUCAGGAUCAAAAAUAAAUUCAGUAGAAUCAACAACCAAAUUUACAUCAAAAGAAGCUAAUGAUGUAGAUCUAAAAGAAAAUAUGUCAUUUGAUUCAGUCAAAGAAGAAUACCCCAAGAACAUUUUAUCAAAGAAUAAAUUUCAUGAAAAAAAAAAUAUUUUUGAUAAAGUAAGAAAUAUAUCACUGAUAUCGAAAAAUGUUGAAAGCAGUAAUCCAUACGAAAUCAUAGAAAAGGGUAGGUUAUAUUCAGAUAAGAAAGAAAAAACUAAACACUCAACUUCUACAGUUACAGAAAAAGGUACAAUAAUUAAAAAGGAAAUAUCUUUGUUAGAUAAUGAAAUGACAAAAAAUAUAUUGAAUAACAGCAAAGAAAUUCAACAAAAAUCAUUAAAAAAUGGAAACUUUAAUAUUGUCGAUAUUUCAACACAGGGAAAAGGAAGUACUUUUAAGAUAUCGACAAAUUUACAUAAUAAAGUAGAACAAACAGAAGUGUAUAUUAAUAGUGUAACUAAAAAAAAUAUAAUGAUUGGAAUACCAAAUGAAGCAAAAAAAAUUGGUCCCUUAUCAACUUUUAAAGAAAGCAAAUUGAUUAGAAAUACUCACUAUAUAAAUGCAUUUUCAAGAUUUGAUGGUAAUUAUAUAGGUAAAGUUACAGGACCACCCACCCCCAUUUCUAAUUUAGAUAAAACUCCUCAGAAUCAUAACGAAAAAAAAGAUUUUCAAAAUGAAUUUCAAAUAAAUAAUUUUUCUAAUAAUUUAUCACCUUUUUCUGAUUAUUCAUGUAUGAUGAAUUUCCCUCUUUAUAAUUUUAAUAGUAACUUAAAAAAUAGUGGCAUAGCAAAUCCACCUUUUUGUUUUUAUCCCGGGAUGUGCAUACCUUUAUAUCCAUAUGAUCCUUUAUAUUAUCAAAAUAUUUUUAUGAAUAAUUUAAAUGAAUCAGAAGAGAAAAAUAGGAAAGAAGAAAUUAAUAAUGAUAAUAAAAGAAUAAAAAAAAAAAAUAAAAAAAUAAAAAAAAAAAAUGUUGAUAAUACAAUGGUAGCUUCAGGGCACCUAAAGCCUCUACAAUUUAGAAAUGGAGCAGAAUGGAGUAGUGAAGAUGAAAAAUAUUUGAAUGCUGAUAUAUAUUUUGAAGAAGAAAAAAAAAUAAAUAGAGAAAAUAAAAAUAAAAGUAGGAGUAAAUAUAUUGGAAACUCUCAAUGGUAUGAAAUUGAACAUAAAUUAAACAAUUCAAGGGGAGUUAUCGAGGAUGAAGAUGAAGAUGAAGAAGAAGAUGAAGAUAAAGAUGAAGAAGAAGAAGAAGAAGAAGAAGAUGAAGAUGAAGACGAAUAUAAUAAUGAAAAUGAAGAUUAUAAUAAAGAAGAAAAUAAAAAGUAUUAUAAAGAAUUAAAAAAAAAAAAAAAAUGCAAAAGUACUAAAAAAAAUAUUGAAGACAUGGAUAAUUUUAAUUUUGACAACUUAUAUAAAAAUUAUAAAAUAGAAUAUUUAAAAGAAAAACUAAAAUGGGCAAACGAAUAUUUAAAGAAAAAGAAAAAAAAUGAAGAAUUAAGUAAUAGUAAUUCUAUAACUUACAAUCCUUUAAGAAAAAAACAUAUUGAACGUUUAGAUGAUAUUGCACAUCUUUUUUUACCAAAAAACAAAAAAUAUCAAAAUCUAUUUGAUUUAGCAAUGAAUAUUUCUAAAAUAUCUAAUGAUGACAAAAAUGAUAUAAUUAAUAUACUUUUAUCAUGUAGAGAAUUAGAAAAAUUAAUAGAAGAACAACAUUGUAUCCUUGAUAUGUUAGAUAAUGACUUGAAAGAAGUAAAUGCAUCAUUAAAGUUACCUUCUAAUUGGGAUAAUUUUGAAAACUUUGAAUUAUUACAAGAAAAUAUUUUAAAUUCAGAAGAAAAUGGUUUAUCUUUAAAUAAUACUCCUUUAUUUAUAAAAGGAAAAGUAUCUCUUAUACCAAAAAAUUUAGAAACUUUUUUUGAAGAAACAGAACAAUCAGAUAAAAAAGAAGGAUACAAUACAAUGACAAAUAUGCAUACAGAAAAAAACACACUAACAAAAAUGAAUACAGAAAAAAACACAAUAACUAACAUGAAUAUAGAAAAAAACACAAUAACAAACACUAAAUUUUCUCCAAAAUUAAUAAAAUCUAAAGUGAAAGCAAAAAUACCUUUAUUGUUAAAAAAUACUCAAAAAUCAUAA